AUGUCCACGUUUACGUUUUUAUCUCGUGCACUUCGGCCACCAACUAGAAUUCCUGUAGAAUCACCGGACUGUUGUAUAAGCCUGAAGUUAAUGCGUCUAUGUGGUUUGAUCUCUUCCGAUUCCAAUGGUGUUCAUGCCUUCCGACCUGAUUUAUUUCGUUCUCUGCGCAAACUAGAAAACUUAGUUGAUGAAAAGAUGAUAGAAUUAGGAGCUCAGCGGAUUCUACUGCCUACAUUGGGCCCAAGAUAUUUAUGGGAAAAGUCUGACCUUUACACAUUUGAUACUUGUGCUGAAGCAGCUGGAAAGACGUAUAUCCGCAUGAAAACUGCUUAUAUGGAACUCUUCAAUAGUCUUAAAUUGCCAUUAAUAAUAGCUUGCGCUGAUCCAGGCAACGUUGGAGGGGAAGUUUCGGAUGAGUUUCACAUCCUUCUUCUGUGGGGAGGACAAAAUACUAGCGUGUCCGGAGUGCAACUUGAAUAUGAAUGCUGA